AUGGCAGGUAAAGUUGUUAUACCAGUAUUGAAAGAUUUAAGAAUUUCAAGCAGAAUAGGAACACAGAUAACGCUAAAGUAUUUUACAUUCCUGUUAGAGGGAUAAGAACAGUAUCUGCCUUGGUUCGCGUUAAAAUCUACAGUAACUGUAUCAUAUUUCAUAGUGGCCAGAGAGAUAGACUAAGAACCAAUAACACUUUUUGGAAUAACCAGGAGAGGGAAAUGUAGUAUCGAAUAAAAUCUGUCUGCUCGCAGUGAAGAUGAUUUGACAUAUGACACAAAAUGACAAUUCUUUAAAUUGCGUCUUAAUAGGUAUGUCUUUGUCCAAUACAUUACCUUUUAAACUUGAUGUUCCUAUAUUUCAAUUACUGAUUAGCAACUGCCUUCUGAAAAAGCAACUAAUUUUAACCUCUUGGUAGUUUACCAUUCUGCAUUCUAGGCCUAUGCUUAGGAUCCUACAGUAUUUGUAUUUAUUAUGGAUUUGUCUGCUUGAGAAUGCAAAUUAGCUGAUUAUGGUCUCUGUCAUGUGGUCUGACCUGUAGGUAGGCCUACACAUGCCGCAUGUCCUUUUGAGCUCAACCCUCCCAGAUUGGUGGUGAGAUAUGGAGACUCGGUCUCAGUCAACUGCAGCACAUCAUCCACAGACCAUGAGGGGAUGGGCUGGGAGGCCACAUACGGAGGUACAGGUUUAGAAGAGGCCAACUUUGUCAUCUGGACUGUGGAGAAUUUAACAGACUGGACAAUACAACCUAAAUGCUACAUCGCACCAAAAGAUGGAAUUCAGUGUUUGGAAAAUUUCCCUGUCAUUCUAUACAGUAAGUUGUUUUUCUUUUGCGUCUUGUAGUGAGUUCUGUCAGUGAAAACAAUUAUUUUUUCUCACUAUAUGUAACUAUUUUGUCUCUAGAGAUUCCAGACAGCGUCUCCAUCUCUCUUCUGAGCCACUCUGGUCCCAUGGUGGAGGGGACAGAGUACCAGCUGCAGUGUGACAUACAGAACGUCGCUCCUCUACAGAACCUGGUUGUGAGGUGGUACAAAGGGAAUGAAACUGUAAAUACUCUAACAUUUAAUAACUCCAGGAGGAAACCAGAGGAUGUGUCCUCCACCCUCAACAUCACCCCAAGGAGAUUUGAAGAUGAAGUAGAGUACAGAUGUGAGGCAGAGCUGGUCCUGGGACCAGAGGGACCACAACCUUCUGUCAUGUCAUCACAGCAUCUUCAUUUUGCUGUUUACUGUAAGUCUUUAUGUUUUCUUUUUGGGGCUGUUCAAUGUUGGUCCUGGAAUGCCGAAACACUUCUGGUUUUCAUCCUCUCCUUCUAACAAUGGACUAAUUCAGACCUAGGACACCAGGUGAGAGCAAUUAACCACCAGGUAGAAACAAAAAACAGAAGUGUUUCUGGCCUCCAGGACCGGAAUUGAACAGCCCUGCACUAAAGGGACCUUUUACAGGGCUAAGGGACUAUUUCAUUUCACAUUCUUCAAACGAUUCUAAAGUGAUGUCAUUGACCCUAUUGUUUGACGUUAAGGUCAGUCUGCAGUGCCUGUAGUCUGUAUCACUGGCAAGAACUGUCAUCUGCUAAAACAGCGGUCAAAUCCUUGGUUGCUGCACCCAUUGCCACUAGCGGCAGGAUGAGGGGACUGCUGACUGAAGGGAACUGUAGUUCUGCCUGGAUGACAGCUUGCGGUGGCUCAUCUUAAAGGGGAAGGCAGCCAUUAUUUUAGUCUGCGCCAUAUUGCCUGAACUGAAUUCUUACACUGCUCUAUUUUCGCUACAAACUUCAAUCUAAAACUGCCAUCGUUGAAGUUGUUUGUGGUGACGUCAAAAUGAGUGGUGUUCUACAAAACAGAGUAAUCAGCGAUUGGAUCAUCUCUAACCAAUCAGAGCAUCAAAGCCAAUGACCCAUUUUCAAAACGCCGCUUUACCCACGUGUUGUUCUGGCUCUGGCCCAACCCAUCGGUUUCUGGGACCAAUCAGAAAGGUUAGAAUAUGUUUGCGUUCCUGAAAUCGUUGGGGGGUACUCAGAUCCAGACUCAUUGCGGAGAAGAAACUAACGUCUGUGGGCGUAGCAUAGCAUUUCAAAUCAAAUCAAAUCAAAUGUUAUUGGUCACAUACACGUGUUUAGAAGAUGUUAUUGCGGGUGUAGCGAAAUGCUUCUGCUUCUAGCUCCGACAUUGCAGUAUUAUCUAACAAGUAAUAUCUAACAAUUUCUCAACAUAUACCCAAUCCACACAAAUCUAAGUAAGGAAUGAAUUAAAAAUAUAUACAGUACCAGUCAGUUUUGACACACCUACUCAUUCAAGGGUUUUUCUUAAUUUUUACUAUUCUCUACAUUGUAGAAUAAUAGUGAAGACAUCAAAACUAUGAAAUAACACAUAUGGAAUCAUGUAGUAAGCAAAAAAGUGUUAAACAAAUCAAAAUAUAUUUUAUAUUUGAGAUUCUUCAAUUAGCCACCCUUUGCCUUGAUGACAGCUUUGUACACUCUUGUCAUUCUCUCAACCAGAUUCACCUGGAAUGCUUUUCCAACAGUCUUGAAGGAGUUCACACAUAUGCUGAGCACUUGUUGGCUGCUUUUCCUUCACUCUGCCAUCCGACUCAUCCCAAACCAUCUCAAUUGGGUUGAGGUCGUGGGAUUGUGGAGGCCAGGUCAUCUCAUGCAGCACUCCAUCACUCUCCUUCUUGGUAAAAUAGCCCUUAUAAAGCCUGGAGGUGUGUUGGGUCAUUGUCCUGUUGAAAAACAAAUGAUAGUCCCACUAAUCCCAAACCAGAUGGGAUGGCGUAUCGCUGCAAUGUGGUGGUAGCCAUGCUGGUUAAGUGUGCCUUGAAUUCUAAAUAAAUCACAGACCGUGUCACCAGCAAAGCACCCCCACACCAUAACACCUCCUCCUCCAUGCUUUACGGUGGGAACUACACAUGCUGAGAUCAUCCGUUCACCCACACCGCGUCUCACAAAGACACGGUGGUUUGAACCAAAAAUCUCAAAUUUGGACUCCAGACCAAAGGACACAUUUCCACCGGUCUAAUGUCCAUUGCUCAUGUUUCUUGGCCCAAGCAGGUCUCUUCUUCUUAUUGGUGUCCUUUAGUAGUGGUUUCUUUGCAGCAAUUCGACCAUGAAGGCCUGAUUCACACAGUCCCCUCUGAACAGUUGAUGUUGAGUUGUGUCUGUUACUUGAUCUCUGUGAAGCAUUUAUUUGGGCUGCAAUUUCUGAGGCUGGUAACUCUAAUGAACUUAUCCUCUGCAGCAGAGGUAACUCUGGGUCUUCAAUUCCUGUGGCGGUCCUCAUGAGAGCUAGUUUCAUCAUAGCUCUUGAUGGUUUAUGCGAAUGCACUUUAAGAAACUUUCAAAGUUCUUGACAUUUUCCAUAUUGACUGACCUUCAUGUCUUAAAGUAAUGAUGGACUGUCGUUCCUCUUUGCUUAUUUGAGCUGUUCUUGCCAUAAUAUGGACUUGGUAUUUUACCAAAUAGGGCUAUCUUCUGUAUACCCCCCCUACCUUGUCACAGGACAACUGAUUGGCUCAAACGCAUUUAAAAAAAUCCACUAAUUAACUUUUAAGAAGGCACACCUGUUAAUUGAAAUGCAUUCCAGGUGACUACCUCAUGAAGCUGGUUGAGAGAAUGCCAAGAGUGUGCAAAGCUGUCAUCAAGGCAAAGGGUGUCUAUUUGAAGAAUCUGUUUAACACUUUUUUGUUUACUACAUGAUUCCAUAUGUGUUAUUUCAUAGUUUUGAUGUCUUCACUAUUAUUCUACAAUGUAAAAAAUUGUAGAAAUAAAGAAAAACCCUUGAAUGAGUAGGUGUGUCCAAACGUUAGACUGGUAGUGUACAUAUAUGGACGAGCGAUGUCAGAGUGGCAUGGACUAAGAUACAGUAGAAGUCGGAAGUUUACAUACACCUUAGCCAAAUACAUUUAAACUCAGUUUUUCACAAUUCCUGACAUUUAAUCCUAGUAAAAAUUCCCUGUCUUAGGUCAGUUAGGAUCACCACUUUAUUUUAAGAAUGUGAAAUGUCAGAAUAAGAAUUAUGGCCCAUUCCUACUGACAGAGCUGGUGUAACUGAGUCAGGUUUGUAGGCCUCCUUGCUCGCACAUGCUUUUUCAGUUCUGCCCACAAAUGUUCUAUAGGAUUGAGGUCAAGGCUUUGUGAUGGCCACUCCAAUACCUUGACUUUGUUGUCCUUAAGCCAUUUUGCCACAACUUUGGAAGUAUGCUUGGGGUCAUUGUCCAUUUGGAAGACCCAUUUGCGACCAAGCUUUAACUUCCUGACUGAUGUCUUGAGAUGUUGCUUCAAUAUAUCCACAUUUUUUCAAUAUAUCCACAUCCAUAAUUUUCCUUCCUCAUGAUGCCAUCUAUUUUGUGAAGUGCACCAGUCCCUCCUGCAGCAAAGCACCCCCACAGCAUGAUGCUGCCACCCCCGUGCUUCACGGUUGGGAUGGUGUUCUUCGGCUUGCAAGCAUCCCCCUUUUUCCUCCAAACAUAACGAUGGUCAUUAUGGCCAAACAGUUCUAUUUUUGUUUCAUCAGACCAGAGGACAUUUCUCCAAAAAGUACAAUCUUUGUCCCCAUGUGCAGCUGCAAACCGUAGUCUGGCUUUUUUAUGGUGGUUUUGGAGCAGUGGGUUCUUCCUUGCUGAGCGGCCUUUCAGGUUAUGUCGAUAUAGGACUUGUUUUACUGUGGAUAUAAAUAGUUUUGUACCCGUUUCCUCCAGCAUCUUCACAAGGUCCUUUGCUGUUGUUUUGGGAUUGAUUUGCACUUUUCGCCCCAAAGUACGUUAAUCUCUAGGAGACAGAACGCAUCUCCUUCCUGAGUGGUAUGAUGGCUGUGUGGUCCCAUGGUGUUUAUACUUGCAUACUAUUGUUACUACAGAUGAACGUGGUACCUUCAGGCGUUUGGAAAUUGCCUCCAAGGAUGAACCAGACUUGUGGAGGUCUACACAUUUUUUUCUGAGGUCUUGGCUGAUUUCUUUUGUUUUUCCCAUGAUGUCAAGCAAAGAGGCACUGAGUUUGAGGGUAGGCCUUGAAAUACAUCCACAGGUACACCUCCAAUUGACUCAAAUGAUGUCAAUUAGCCUAUCAGAAGCUUCUAAAGCCAAGAAAUCAUUUUCUGGAAUUUUCCAAGCUAUUUAAAGGCACAGUCAACUUAGUGUAUGUAAACUUCUGACCCACUCGAAUUGUGAUACAGUGAAUUAUAAGUGAAAUAAUCUGUCUGUAAACAAUUGUUGGAAAAAUUACUUGUGUCAUGCACACAGUAGAUGUCAAACCGACUUGCCAAAACUAUAGUUUGUUAACAAGAAAUUUGUGGAGUGGUUGAAAAACUAGUUUUAAUGAUUCCAACCUAAGUGUAUGUAAACUUCUGACUUCAACUGUACAUAUGAGAUGAGUAAUGCAAGAUAUGUAAACGUUAUUAAAGUGGCUAGUGUUCCAUUUCUUAAAGUGGCCAGUGAUUUCUAGUCUAUGUCUAUAGGCAGCUUCUAAUGUAGUAGUGAUGGCCGGAGCAAGGAGUUUGGGUAGCCAGGCACGGACUAAUAGUGUGUUCCAACAAAUCAAAAAUUCCAAACGAUCACAACAGCAAUUUGCAUGUGUUUUGUCUCUCUUACCUUUCCAAUUGGCUUCAUUGUACUGUUAAUUUAACGGCCCGCUGAAAGGUCUCUGUCAUUUUAUCCCUUAUACUGUUACUAUACUUAUUGAAUGCCCGAGAUAUUACGGCAUAGCGGAGUACACAACCCAUAACCUGAGCUGCACUGUUAAGGGUUAUCCUGUACCUGAAGUCAUCUGGUACAAUAUAAAGAGUAUUUAAAAUCUUUCAAUUGAUUUAGCGGUGCUUCAUUGAGCUUAUCUGUGCAAUGGAAUCAAUGCAAUAGUCCCAAAAGUGCAAACCCCACCCACGUAGCAAUCCAGACAGGCCCAAGCAAAUAUGCAAAGUUGUCACGCCCUGGCUCUGGGGACUCUUUAAUGUUGAUCAGGGUGUUAGUUUCUAUGUUUUGUUUUCUAGGGUUUUGUUCUAGAACGUUUAGUAUCUAUGUUGGCCAGAGUGGUUCCCAAUCAGAGACAGCUGUAGCUCGUUGUCUCUGAUUGGGGACCAUACUUAGGCAGCCUGUUGGCACUAUAGUUUUGUGGGAUCUUGUUCUGUAUAGGUUUGUGUUGGUGAACCUUUAGACUUCACGUAUCGUUUUGUUGUUUUUGUUCGUGUGUGUACAUCUAAUAAAAUAUGUACGCUUAUCACGCUGCGCCUUGGUCCGGUUCUUACAACGAUCGUGACAAAAGUAUUUUCAUGAAAAUGUAAAAAACUCUUUGAACCCAGGUCUUCUGUCCAUAUUUGUAUUUUCUAUAUUAGUACUUGUUGCAUUUUGGUCUUAUUAUGCUCAUGUGACUCUCGUGCCUCCAGUCCCGCCACAGGAUAUUCUGGAGCUGAAGGACACAGAAGUUGAUGUUGGUUCCCGUACUGGGCUGAAGUGCUCCUCCAAUGGGAACCCCCGGCCAGAGUACUCCUGGACUUAUCACCGGGCUCCCAAUGUAAAAUUGAAGAAUGAUGGGGUGUCCCUACUGACCAUCGAGCAGGCCACAGGGGAGAACAUCGGGUACUACACAUGCUACGCCAGUAAUACCCUGGGAAAUGUCUCUAAAAGAGCCAGGGUCUCUGUCAGAGGUAAGACCUUCUCCAAUUAUAAUACAUUAUGGGAUUUUGCCUGUCCGGACGCUAAAAGCACUUUACAUAUUAAGGGGGACACUCACGUCAUCAGCCUCUGUCAUCAAAGCGUCCAGGACAUUGGUAAUGUAGGCUGAUGACACUCUUGGCUCAUUUCUACCAUGUCUCUCUCUAUGGUGCUACAGUGGCUUGUGAAAGUAUUCACCCCCCUUGGCAUUUUUCCUAUUUUGUUGCCUUACAUCCUGGAAUUAAAAUAGAUUUUUUGGGGGUUUGUAUCAUUUGAUUUACACAACAUGCCUACCCCCCCCCCCCCAAGUCAAUAAUUUGUAGAGCCACCUUUUGCAGCAAUUACAGCUGAAAGUCUCUUGGGGUAUGUCUCUAUAAGCUUGGCACAUCUAGCCACUGGGAGUUUUGCCCAUUCUUCAAGGCGAAACUGCUCCCGCUCCUUCAAGUUGGAUGGGUUCUGCUGGUGUACAGCAAUCUUUAAGUCAUACCACAGAUUCUCAAUGGGAUUGAGGUCUGGGCUAUGACUAGGCCAUUCCAAGAUAUUUAAAUGUUUCCCCUUAAACCACUCAAGUGUUGCUUUAGCAGUAUGCUUAGGGUCAUUGUCCUGCUGAAAGGUGAACCUCCGUCCCAGUCUCAAAUCUCUGGAAGACUGAAACAGGUUUCCCUCAAGAAUUUCCCUGUAUUUAGCACCAUCCAUCAUUCCUUCAAUUCUGACCAGUUUCCCAGUCAAUGCAGAUAGAAAAACAUCCCCACAGCAUGAUGCUGCCACCACCAUGCUUCACUGUGGGGAUGGUGUUCUCGGGGUGAUGAGAGGUGUUGGGUUUGCACCAGACAUAGCGUUUUCCUUGAUGGCCAAAAAGCCCAAUUUUAGUCUCACACACACUAGACCCCAGUUCAUUGAAUAAAUCAUUGUUUAACUAGUUGAAGUUACAUUGAAGUUACAUAGAUAUGUGCUUUAUGCAAUGUUUGUUGUGAAGUAUGUUACUUUGUUGUGAAGUGGGUUAUAUAAUUGAUGGAGCUUAUUAGGGAAGGGACAGUGACAUAAAAGCUCCACUAAAGAAUGGGAGGCAAAAAACGUCCAUUUUUGUGAAGGAAGGGUACCCUUCCUGACUCAUUUUCCUGAGUCAAUGGCGGCUUUUGUUCCAGCUGCAUGUCACAUUUGACCACCCUUUUCCUUUUUUGCUGCUGGUCAUUGAAAUAUAAUGUGAUUUAUUGUUGGUUAUUACCAGGUAUUUAAAUGAUGUAAUUCAUUAUCUCUCUUUUCUCCUAACUCUGUAGGUGCAGAGCCGGUAUGUCCUAUGAAGCUGAGCACUGAGAGUGUGGUGGUGGAAUAUGGAUCUCCAGUCUCAGUGUCGUGCAGCAACACAACCAGUGUUGAAGAGAUCUACUGGACAACAGGUCCCCAAGUUGUCAAUGAUACUACCUGGAGUGUUGUGGAACUCCUAGACUGGGACAUAAGGCCUGAUUGUAAGGCAACCUUUCAGGGGAUUGGAAGAUGCAGUAAACCUCUGCACAUCACAGUAUACAGUAAGUGAAGAUGUGGUCUUCCUCAUUCUCUAUGUCAGAAGAACAAUGGGACUUGUUGUCUCUAUCAGUAGGGGGUAUCCUCUGUAUCUGGCGGGUAUAAUAUAUUAUACUGUAUAUUGUAUUAUAUGAACAUUGUAAUUGGCAUUUAAUUUUCCUGUUGUACUGAAACAAACCGUGACCCCAAAACCGCAAUACGUACCGAACCGUGGGUUUGGUGAACCGUUACACCCCUAUUGUUCACGAUAUGCUCUUACACAUAUUUACUGUCUAUUUUUUUACUGUUUCGUAUUAACUUCUAGUUUUUUUUAAAGGUUGGAUUUUAUCUUGAAACACUAAUAAGUCUGAAAAUUGUCUUCCACAGAGACUCCAGACAGCGUGUCCAUCUCUGUUCUGAGCCACUCUGGUCCCAUGGUGGAGGGGACAGAGUACCAGCUGCAGUGUGACAUCCAGAACAUCGCUCCUCAACAGAACCUGGUUGUGAAGUGGUACAAAGGGAAUGAACCCGUAGAUAAUGUAACUUACAGUAACAUCAGUAAGACACCAGUGGAUGUGUCAGCUCCUCUGAUGAUCAGCCCCAGUAGAGAUGAUGAUGGAGCUCAGUAUAGAUGUAGAGCAGAACUGGACCUGGGACCAGAGGGACCACAACCCCAUCCUACAGUGACAUCAGAACCUCUCAACAUUACUGUGCACUGUGAGUUUAUCAAUACUCAAUCUUGCCUCUGUACCCCUGACCAGGAGGGAAAUUCUACAACUGUAUACGUUUAAACUGUCUAAAAGCACCUCCUUUUCUCCUCAGACGCUCCUAAGUUCCUUCCAGGGAAUGACACAGUGGUGGUGAGUGCAGGCAGUGAUGUGUCUCUGGACUGCAGUGCUGAGGGGAACCCUCCUCCUGAGCUGAAGUGGACCAACAACACUGCAGAGGGAAAUGACAAUGAGACCACUGUAGGGCGCCUGCGUACUCUCUCUAUCUCCAGAGUAACAGCUAAUGCAACUUACAACUGCACAGUCACAAAUAGACUGGGCUCCAUCACCAAGCAAAUGCAUGUCCUUGUAGAAGUACCUCCACAACGUCACCUAACGAUGUUCCCCACAGUACCCACAACUCCAGGAGCUACGACCACCCUCCCAGCAGCAGCCAAGCCAAAAGGUAUUUACCAGCUCAUCUCUGCGGUCACAUUAUUUAAUUCACCCUCACUUAUCUCACAAGGCAGAACAGUUUAUAUUUGAUGUGGAUUUGACAUUGAUGUCUUCAUUCUUGGAUGUUUUUACAGUAGUUACCUCUCCUCUUGAGCUCAACCCUCCCAGAGUGGUGGUGAGAUAUGGAGACUCAGUCUCAGUCAACUGCAGCACAUCCUCCACAGACCAUGAGGGGAUGGGCUGGGAGGCCACAUACGGAGGUACAGGUUUAGAACAAGAUGUCAACAUUGUCACCUGGACUGUGGAUAACCUUACUGAUUGGACAAUAGAACCUAAAUGCUACAUCACCCUCAAUGACAGCAACCAACCCAUAGAAGUGCUUCCAGUCAUUCUUUACAGUGAGUAUUUUCCUCCUUGUGAAUGUGAAAGUUAUAUUUAACUGUAUAUCAGCAUUGAGGGUUUUUUUACCUUGUUGACCUCCUCUACAGAGACUCCAGACAGCGUGUCCAUCUCUGUUCUGAGCCACUCUGGUCCCAUGGUGGAGGGGACAGAGUACCAGCUGCAGUGUGACAUCCAGAACAUCGCUCCUCAACAGAACCUGGUUGUGAAGUGGUACAAAGGGAAUGAACCCGUAGAUAAUGUAACUUACAGUAACAUCAUUAAGACAGCAGUGGAUGUGUCAGCUCCUCUGAUGAUCAGCCCCAGUAGAGAUGAUGAUGGAGCUCAGUAUAGAUGUAGAGCAGAACUGGACCUGGGACCAGAGGGACCACAACCCCAUCCUUCAGUGACAUCAGAACCUCUCAGCAUUACUGUGCACUGUGAGUUGCAGAGAACUGUUCAUAUAUACAAACCACACUAACGUUGCAUAACAUGUGUGAUAAUGCAUUGUCCCGAUGCACAUUCCAUAAAUGCCUAAUAUUCUACGGUGAAGUCUCACGCCACUGUCUUGUAAUGUUAGGAGAAAUUCAUCAAACGUGCAAUUGUGUUUGUCUCCUUCACUACAGUAAUUCAUUUAAGAAACCACCUGUCUUUAUACUCCCUCUCUCUAAGAUAAGCCACGCAUCAAUGCAUCUCGACUGCCACUGAGGAUACCUGUGUUCAGGGGCUAUCCUGAGGAGUUAGUGUGUGAGGCUGAGGGUUACCCACAGCCCAGGAUACAGUGGCUCUAUGACCCAGCGAAGCAUGUCAGUGAGGCGGGAGGCAACCUGACUGUCUCUGAGGCAGGGCUCUACAACUGCACCGCCACCAACGAUGUGGAGACUAGCUUCAUUGUGGUAGAGGUGGUUUUAAAAGGUAAUGGAACCUUUAUUAAACUGUAUUAAACCCUUUAUUAACCCAUUAUUUACUGUUUAUGAACAUCUUGUAGGAUGUUUUCUUCUGGCUGGUGUAGCUUUCUGUCUGCUUCCUCCUCCCAUCUCUCUGCUCCUUUCUCUGUCUGUGUCUGCUAUUCUUGGGUUGACUGAUUUUACAUUUAAGUCAUUUAGCAGACGCUUUUAUCCAGAGCAACUUACAAAUUGGUGCAUUCAACUUAGGAUAGCCAGUGGGACAACCACAUCUUGAUCACAGUAAGUACACUUCUUCAAACAAGCAGCUGUGAGCAAAGUCAGUGCAAUCAGGGACAACUACAUCUCGAUCACAAUAAGUACAUUUCUUUAAACAAGUCAGUGCUAGCAAGUGAAAUAAGUCAGGUGUUAGUUUAGACAAAAGACAGUGGUAGUAAAGGGGGGGUAGAAGGAUUACUAUUAUACUAUUCCAGGUAUUCCUUAAAGAGGUAGGGUUUCAAGUGUCUCCGGAAGGUGGUCAGUGACUCUGUUGUCCUGGCGUCGUGGGGGAGCUUGUUCCACCAUUGGGGUGCCAGAGCAGCGAAUAGCUUUGACUGGGCUGAGCGGGAACUGUGCUUCCGUAGAGGUAGGGGAGCUAGCAGGCCAAAGGUGGAUGAACGUAGUGCCCUCGUUUGGGUGUAGGGUCUGAUCAGAGCCUGAAGGUAAGGAGGUGCCAUUCCCCUCACAGCUCCGUAGGCAAGCACCAUGGUUUUGUAGUAGAUGCGAGCUUCAACUGGAAGCCAGUGUUGUGUUCGGAGGGACGUGAGAGAACUUGGGAAGGUUGAACACCAGACGGGCUGCAGCGUUCUGGAUAAGUUGUAGGGGUUUAAUGGCACAGGCAUGGAGCCCAGCCAACAGCGAGUUGCAGUAAUCCAGACGGGAGAUGACAAGUGCCUGAAUUAGGACCUGUGCCGCUUUCUGUGUAAGGUAGGGUCGUACUCUGCGAAUGUUGUAGAGCAUGAACCUACAGGAUCGGGUCACCGCUUUGAUGUUAGCAGAGAACGACAGGGUGUUGUCCAGGGUCACGCCAAGGUUCUUUGCACUCUGGGAGGAGGACACAAUGGAGUUGUCAACCGUGAUGGCGAGAUCAUGGAGCGGGCAGUCCUUCCCCGGGAGGAUUCAUGUUCUCUGAACAAAUGUAAUCAUUAACUUUUAACUAAGCAGUUUUUCUCAUAUGUCCUUUACCCUUUGAGCUAUCCAAUACCUCUUAGUUACUGCUUUCUGAACUGCUCUCCUCCUGGCACAUUCUGUAGUCAGAUACAUGUAGUACAUCUAUGUUGUGUGAGGGAGUUUGAACCAAAGCUGCAAAACAUGAGGAGAUGAUGAGGAGACAGUAUAUUUUUGUGCACAUAUAAGACAAGGCAUCAAACACACUCAUUGGGAAGGGCCCAUGGUGAAGCUAUAGACCAGGCAUCAAACACACUCCUUGGGAAGGGCCCAUGGUGAAGCUAUAGACCAGGCAUCAAACACACUCCUUGGGAAGGGCCCAUGGUGAAGCUAUAGAUCAGGCAUCAAACACACUUCUUGGGAAGGGCCCAUGGUGAAGCUAUAGACCAGGCAUCAAACACACUCCUUGGGAAGGGCCCAUGGUGAAGCUAUAGACCAGGCAUCAAACACACUCCUUGGGAAGGGCCCAUGGUGAAGCUAUAGACCAGGCAUCAAACACACUCAUUGGGAAGGGCCCAUGGUGAAGCUAUAGACCAGGUAUCAAACACACUCCUUGGGAAGGGCCCAUGGUGAAGCUAUAGAUCAGGCAUCAAACACACUCCUUGGGAAGGGCCAAUGGUGAAGCUAUUGACCGUUUGUCAGAGUGCUAGGUAAAACUGAGCAUCAUCCAUCAUUCAUUGAAGAGUGUUUGGUAAAGUUGUUGAAUAUUUGGCAGUUUAGCUCAGUGCUGACUGUUGCCUUGUAGAAGAGUAUUUCAAGGGUAAAGUUGAGCGAUGUCCCCACUCUUACGGUAGAUGUUGUAGAUCUACUCUGACUGGCGGGAUCAUGUAAUAUUAUGUUAAGUGUCACGCUCGUUGAUUGAAGGAUCGGACCAAGGUGCAGCGUGGUAGGCGAACAUAUUAAUUUAUUAAAUGAACACCGGCAAAACAACAAAAUACAAACGCAUGUAAAGUUCUGCAGGCUACACAGCACCUAUACAAAAACAAGAUCCCACAACCUAAGGUGGGAAAAAGGCUGCCUAAGUAUGAUCCCCAAUCAGAGACAACGAUAGACAGCUGCCUCUGAUUGGGAACCAUACCCGGCCAAUAAAGAAAUAGAAAAACUAGAAUGCCCACCCAAAUCACACCCUGACCUAACCAAAUAGAGAUUAAAAUGGAUCUCUAAGGUCAGGACGUGACAUUAAGUGAUUUGUGCUUAUUCUUUCCUGUUGGUGUAAGUAGGAUAAAUCAGUGUAUUGACUCAUCUCUAUUUGAAGGUGACAAUGGUUCAGUCUGAGGUGGCGUCAGAACGUUAACAGAGUGUGAUGGAUUGAUGGGUGUUUGUUGUUUUGUCUCUCUUGUCACAGAGGACUACCUGCCCCUCAUAGCGGGCUUCGUGGCCUUCAUGGUCGUGGUCAUCUCUGUCAUCUUCGUCUUCAUCUACUCCAUCUACUACAAGAACACCAAGAUGGGCCGCUACAGCCUAAAGAACGCCAAGCUCAGCAGCACACCCAACGGCAACGUAGCGCAGGACGGUGGCCAGGACAUUCCGCUCCCCAUGACUAAACUGUCUCAGCCAAACAUCUACUUCUAGGAGGAGGAGUUGUAUUGGGUUGUCUAUGGUUGGGCUACUCUGAAUGAAGAGCCCUCUUUCCCCAAUGAGAGACUAAGUGGUUGAGGUGGUUGAGGGACUGGUUGCAACUCAUUCAGCUGGCAGACUCAGGUCUGGAUUGUGAUAGUUGGGAGUGUCUCCUGGCUCUCCUCCAACCUCCCUAUGCUUCAUAUGCACUCCCUUUCCUCUUUAACACUAAGAUUUUAAGUACAGUUCAGUCCCUCUAUUUCCCGUUCUACUGGAGAACCUGAUGAGGUAUAAUCACCUUUUAUUUUAGUGUGAGCUAUAUGAUCUAUUCUAUACCAUCAAAGUGUAGCUGAUGUUUUCUCUGAAGGACAAGAAGAAGAGGCAGCAAAUGUACAAGGUGAAAUCCCUCUUUGGAAAAUAGCUUUAUUGAAAUGUAUUUUUUAUAUGACUGGUUUUGGAAAAACUGGUUUGUGUUGCGUAAGCACCAACAAGGGAAUUUUUAUGUCAUUUUGAAUGUUUUUUUUUGGUUUGGUCUGAUGACAAUGUAAUUGCUGUCACAUUAUGUAAUUGCUUGAAGAGCAGCACAUGGUUGAAAUUGUGAGAAUGUCCCUUUUGCUUGGAUGUGAUGUCUUGCUCCUGACAAGAAGCUUGGAGUGUAAACCUGCAGUA